GGAGUUUGCGCCAAACAUCUCCGAGUCAUAUUAAACGUGAAGUCUUGUCCCUUUCCCAUAUUAUCCAAUUAUCGUGAUUCUCCUUGCUUCAAAUAUAUUUCAAAUUAUUCAAGCCAUACAUUUCUUAUCAUUUACCAACACAACAUACUCCGCUUCUGCUUGUGAUUCGAGUGAAUACCCCGCAAUCAGAGUGAUUAUAUCUUCACAUUGCACAGAAACAAGCAGCUUGCUCUCCUCACCCUCAACAGAAUGGAUUUAGUGAAUCACUUAGAAGGUAGAUUGCUGUUCGCAGUACCAAAAAAGGGAAGACUAUUACAGGCAGCACUCAAUCUGCUUGAAGGUGCCGAUAUUCAGUUUCGAAGAGAAUCAAGACUUGACAUAGCAUUGGUCAAAAACUUACCAAUUGCGCUCGUCUUCCUUCCCGCUGCCGAUAUUCCUACAUUCGUUGGUGAAGGUCGAGUAGAUAUUGGUAUUACCGGACGGGACACAGUUGCAGAACAUGCCACAGGAGUUGAAACCGAGAGGAGAGUUAAGUCGGAAUCGGGUACUUCAACCCCUGUUGAAGAGGGUAAGGAAGAAGGAUGUGUGGAGAUAAUGGAUUUGGGAUUUGGUGCUUGCAAGUUACAAGUUCAAGUGCCAGAGAAGGGACCAUAUGCGAAGCCAUCAGAUCUCAUUGGAAAGAAUAUUGGUACCAGUUUUGUCAGUUUAUCUGAGGAAUUCUUCCGCGCGUUAGAAGCUGAGGCAGACGGUGGUGCCGUAUCCGGGCGCAAGUUGAAGACCAAGAUUAUCGAGCUCAGCGGCAGUGUUGAGGCUGCAUGUGCUCUUGGUGUCGCUGAUGGAAUUGUGGAUCUAGUUGAAUCUGGCGAAACCAUGAAGGCAGCAGGAUUAAAGGCUAUCGAUACAGUCGUCUCGAGUACAGCAAUUCUCGUGAAAUCCAAAAGACCCUCAAACCCAGCAUUGGUAGAACUUAUUGCCUCCCGUAUUCGAGGUGUUAUCACUGCACAAAAAUACGUCCUGUGCCAGUAUAACGUUCAACGAACAGCCCUCCCAGAUGCAGUCAAGAUUACCCCUGGAAAGCGAGCACCCACGAUCAACGCUUUGGAGGAGGAAGGUUGGGUGGCUGUUAGUUCAAUGGUAGAGAAGAAGAAGAUCGCUGUGGUCAUGGAUGAUUUGACGGCCGUUGGAGCGACAGAUAUCUUGAUUCUUGACAUUGCAAACACGAGAGCCGGUUAAAAAUGAACAAGAAUUGAGAAAGGAACGUAUCGUGAUAACUGAUAGAAAUUUCGGAUACUGGUGGGAGAUUGGACGAGAGAAUACCCAUUUGGAUCGAAUCUAGCCUGGAGUUGUAGCUUGGAAAUCUAGUACAUCCUUUAAUCAAUAUUUGCA